UAUUUUCUCUGGAGUGUCCUUUACCAUCUACCUCUGUAGGAGGUUAGGAGGAGGUGGACGCUAGCCCUGGGGGUUCUUGAGGAAGAAGGCCUUUAGAGGUCUUGCAGAAGUCAGGUCCUCUCACUGCUGCGUCCUGUCAAAGGGAGGAGAAAGCCUGCGGGAGUUGGGCAAAGAGCCUUGGGUCAAGCUGGGCCAGUCACAGACACAACGGUGGCCUCAGGCUGCAGCUCCAGUCUGGGUUUCCGUCCACUCACAGCAUGGCUUCAGGACCUCAGGGCGCUUGGGUGGACAGUGGGUAGGGACAGAGGCUCGCAAACGCCUUAAUCUCCCCGCCCAUGCUCCUCCACGGAAGAAAACAAAACAGGCUUGCGGGAUCCUGCAGCGUCCGAAGACAUCACUACGCGGAACGUCACCCUCGCUCUGGGCUUUGCGGGAGAGCGCACCGGACGGAGGAGGAUGGUUCAGCGCGGGCUGAGCUGGAAGGGGUUCUCUGCUCGUCCGGCCGCCGCCUUCGUGUCGCUGCCUCCCUGGCUCUGCAGCGUCUCGGGGGUGGCGGCCGCGCGGCCGAGCAGGGGAUGCGCUUACAUAACCGCUCGCCGGGUCUUGCUGCCUCGCGCGCUCGGGAGCCGCGGGCGGGGCGCGCCGCGGGACCGCGAUGCUGCCGGGACGAGCGCGGCUGGGUCCCGGCCGGCCGGGCAGGCGGAGGAGCGCGAGCCGCGGCUGGAGGAGGGCGCCGGCAGCGGGGGAGGUGAAGGCCGGCCUGCCACUCCUGCUAUGAUGCCUGGGCAGAUCCCAGACCCUUCAGUGACCGCAGGCUCUCUGCCAGGGCUCGGCCCCCUCACCGGACUUCCCAGCUCUGCUCUGACCACAGAGGAGCUGAAAUACGCUGACAUCCGCAACAUUGGGGCCAUGAUUGCGCCCUUGCACUUCCUGGAGGUGAAACUGGGCAAGAGGCCCCAACCCGUGAAGAGCGAGCUAGACGAGGAAGAAGAGCGAAGGAAAAGGCGCCGAGAGAAGAACAAAGUCGCCGCGGCCAGAUGCCGGAACAAGAAGAAGGAGCGCACGGAGUUUCUGCAGAGGGAGUCCGAGCGGCUGGAGCUCAUGAAUGCAGAGCUGAAGACCCAGAUCGAGGAGCUGAAGCUGGAGCGGCAACAGCUCAUCCUGAUGCUCAACCGCCACCGCCCCACCUGCAUCGUGCGCACGGACAGCGUCAGGACGCCUGAGUCCGAGGGCAACCCGCUGCUGGAGCAGCUGGACAAGAAGUGACCCAAGGGCCUGGAGGACGCAUCGGAGGAAGAGGGGAGGGGGGCGGAGCAGCCAAAGGAGAAGAGGAGCGAGGUGAUGGAGGCCCCCCUGGGUGCAUGACAAACUCUGUGAUGAGGCGCAGCAUAACUGGCCUCCAGUCUGCUCUUUUCUGAAACUCAGCCCAGCCACGUGAGAGCAGACUGAAGAAACCAGAGGGACCAAGCGAUGAGACCAAAGUUGACCCGCAGGUGGGGGCUGUCCCACUCCAAGGCCCAGCUAGAAGGGCACCUCAGUCAGAGAGAUGCCCAACCAGGUAGCCUCCUCAGGCGCUCCUCUGGCCUCUCCGCCAAGACCCCCCACCCAAAGGACUACCGAGCAGCCAAGAAAAGCCAUGCGUCACGAGCACAGUGUGGCCGAGGAUGAAACUUAGCGUGGACCGCAAUCCACUUCCCCAGCCCUGCCCAAGCCCGAUGGAAAGGGGUGCCCUGUGGGGCUGUGAUGGCCCUGCCCGGGUGGCGCAGCCUGGUGGCCCUGCUGGAGUUUGCUGUGGCACUGAGGCGCGGGCGCCCUUCCAAAGCACACACUCAGUCGAUGAAUGUUUACAGACUGGCUGUCCUGGCGGGGCUUCCAACUGCACACUUUUUUUUUAAUACUUUCUUUUUUUUAAAUAUUUUUUACAAAAAAAAGAUUUUAUACGAGCAAUAUAUAUAUGGAUUUCUAUAAUCACUCGAUGUGACACAGUACAAAUAUGCUAUGGUCUGUUGUUACGGACAUCCACCCACCAGUUACAGCCAUUGUAAUUCCUAAGUACUGUAGACUCUGGGUGUUGGGGGGUGGUGGCCAGGCGGGUGGGGUGCAUUUCCAUCCUUGUAAACCCUUCCUAGUACUCAGUCCUGUAUCGCUCAGUAAACAUUGCUCUAAUUA